GAGUCAGUCAAAUGGGCUCUCCGGCAGUAUCGCCGACCCCACUGCUCUGCCCUCCUUCCUUCCUUCCUUCCUUCCGAUUGAAUCACGUUCCGUAAUCUGCAAAAUGGAAAAAGUGUUCACCUUUCCACCGGCUAUUUAUAUGGACGUUCUCGUUGAUCGUUAAGCAGCUAGCUAGUGUUGUAGAGGAUUUCCGAUCUGGUCGGGCUGUUCCUUUGACUUCGAACCUCCGGCUGCGGGGGUGCAGAUCUGCGAUUCGGAUGCAGAGCAUGGGGGUUGACGACGAUGGCUACCGAUCGUCGGACACGAUCCAGGCGGAGGGCGUCGGGGGAGAGCGGGUGGUCGUCAGCGGCCCGCUCAGCAAGCGCGGCAGCCGGAAGAGCGCCCGGUUUAAUCUCCCGUCCUCCGCCUCCACCUCCUCUUCCGCUGCCUCCGCAGGCGGCGACGACGAGGCCUACGUUGAGAUCACCCUCGACGUGCGCGACGAUUCGGUGGCGGUGCACUGCGUGAAGCCGGCGGCCGCCGGGGAUGCGGAGGAUUCCGAGGUGUCGCUGCUGGCGCGGACGCUCGAGAAGCGGUCGGCGUCGUUUGGGUCGUCGGUGAUGAGGAACGCGUCGUCGCGGAUUCGGCAGGUGUCGCAGGAACUCCGGCGGUUGGCGUCGGUGACGAAGCGGCCGGCUGCGGGGAAGUUCGACCGGACUAAAUCGGCAGCGGCGCACGCGCUCAAGGGGCUCAAGUUCAUCGCCAGGACUGACGGCGCCACCGGCUGGACGGCGGUCGACAAGCGCUUCAACGAACUCGCCGUCGACGGAUUACUUCACCGGUCCCUCUUCGGCCAGUGCAUAGGCAUGAAGGAAUCGACGGAGUUCGCAGGAGAGCUGUUCGACGCGUUGUCGAGGAGAAGAAAUAUCACCGGGGACAUGAUCACUAAGGCUGAGCUGACCGAGUUUUGGGAUCAAAUCACCGACCAAAGUUUCGAUUCCAGGCUCCAAACUUUCUUUGACAUGGUGGAUAAGAACUUGGAUGGAAGAAUAACAGAAGAGGAGGUCAAAGAGAUCAUCACCAUGAGCGCGUCGGCUAACAAGUUGUCAAAGAUACUAGAGCAGGCGGAGGAGUAUGCUCGGCUCAUCAUGGAAGAAUUGGAUCCCAAUGACCUUGGCUACGUUGAGAUAUAUAACUUGGAGUUGCUGCUGCUGCAAGCGCCGAAUCAGUCGAUGAACAUAGGGACGACCAACAGCCGGAACUUGAGCCAGAUGCUGAGCCAGAAGCUGAAGCCGACGAAGGAACCGAACCCGCUGCGGCGAUGGUACCAACAGGCGAGGUACUUCAUAGAGGACAAUUGGCAGCGGGCGUGGGUGAUUGCGCUUUGGCUCUCCAUCUGCGCUGGCCUCUUCACUUGGAAAUUCAUCCAGUACCGCCGCCGCGCCGUCUUCGACGUCAUGGGUUACUGCGUCUGCGUCGCAAAGGGAGGAGCCGAGACGCUCAAGUUCAACAUGGCGCUCAUCCUCCUCCCCGUCUGCCGCAACACCAUCACUUGGCUCCGCACCAAGACCCAGCUCGGCAAAGCGGUUCCCUUCGACGACAGCCUCAAUUUCCACAAGGUGAUCGCGGCAGGUAUCACCGUCGGCGUGGGGCUGCACGUGAUCUCGCACUUGACGUGCGACUUCCCUAGGUUGCUGCACACGUCGGAGAGGGAGUACGUCCCGAUGAAGCCCUUCUUCGGGGACACGAAGCCGGACAACUACUGGUGGUUCGUCAAAGGGAAGGAGGGAUGGACAGGGCUGGUGAUGGUGGUGCUCAUGGCCAUCGCCUUCACCCUCGCCUCCCCGUGGUUCCGCCGCGGCCGCGUCAAGCUGCCCAAGCCUUUCCAUCGUGCAACCGGCUUCAACGCCUUCUGGUACUCCCACCACCUCUUCAUCGUCGUCUAUGCUCUCCUCAUCGUCCACGGCUACUUCCUUUACCUCACCAAAGAGUGGUACAAAAAAACGACCUGGAUGUAUCUGGCGAUUCCGGUUAUCCUGUACGCGAGUGAACGGCUGAUAAGGGCGUUCAGGUCGAGUAUCAGCGCCGUGAAGAUAUUGAAAGUUGCAGUGUAUCCAGGCAACGUCUUGGCCCUUCAUGUGUCCAAGCCACCGGGCUUCAGAUACCAUAGUGGACAGUAUAUAUUCGUCAACUGCGCUGCCGUCUCCCCUUUUCAGUGGCAUCCAUUCUCCAUCACCUCGGCUCCACAAGAUGAUUAUGUCAGCGUGCACAUACGGACACUCGGUGACUGGACCAGGCAGCUUAAAUCAGUUUUCUCCCAGGUGUGUCAACCACCAACUUCUGGGAAAAGUGGGCUUUUGAGAGCAGACUACGACGAUGACAGCAGCAAUGGAGCCAGCAGAAGCUUUCCAAGGCUGCUUAUUGACGGGCCUUAUGGAGCGCCAGCCCAAGACUACAAGCAGUACGAAGUGGUACUGCUGGUGGGGCUGGGCAUCGGGGCCACGCCCUUCAUCAGCAUCGUCAAGGACAUCGUCAACAACAUGAAGGAAUUGGAGGCCCUGGGACUGGCUGACGACGACAUUUACGAUGACGGCAACAUCGAGAGCGGCAGCUCGCACAAGAGGUCGGCCUCGGUGUCGACGUCGGCAGCGUCGUCGUUCAAGACGCGGCGGGCCUACUUCUACUGGGUGACGCGGGAGCAGGGGUCGUUCGAAUGGUUCCGGGGAGUGAUGAACGAGGUGGCAGAAACGGACAAGAAGGGGGUGAUCGAACUCCACAACUACUGCACCAGCGUGUACGAGGAGGGCGACGUGCGCUCCGCCCUCAUCGCUAUGUUGCAGUCCCUCAACCACGCCAAGCACGGCUUGGACGUCGUCUCGGGCACUCGGGUCAAGUCGCACUUCGCCCGCCCCAAUUGGCGGACAGUGUACAAGCGCAUCGCGCUCAAACACCGCGAUAAGCGAAUUGGCGUGUUCUACUGUGGAGCUCCAACUCUGACGAAAGAACUACGCGAGCUGGCGUACGAUUUUUCCCACAAGACCAGCACAAAGUUCGACUUCCACAAAGAGAACUUUUGAGCAGCCACAUUUUAGACCAAUGGAGGGCUGCGUGCGGAAUACUAAUACAAAUAAAUUGCAUACUUUGAGUGGUUUACCACUAAUACUAGGGCAUACCCCUCUAAGUUAUUGUAAUGUUUCCCCACUCAGUUCUCAGUUCUCAGUUCUCAGUUCUCAGUUCAUAUAGAAAUGGUAGAAUUUUGGCGAGGUACUGAGCUAAGCCACCGAAGCUUAAUUACUUAUUGGUGGACUGAGCGAUAUAUAUAGUUGAUAUAGAUUUGAUGUACAAAGACCUGAAUUGGUCAACUACUAAUGUUACCUAGUAUAUAUAUGUAGUCUCAGCAAGGAGGAGCAAAGGGACUCUCCUGUUAUUUGAAUUAUUUACUUUUAUAUUACUGAAUUGUUGAUAAUGCA